UGGUUGCCGGGAUUGUGGUGAUGUGGCCCCCCCACCUCCCCUGUCCCAGCCCCGGGAUGUCGGAAGAAACCAGACGUAGCAAAUUGGCUGCGGCCAAGAAAAAGCUGAGAGAAUAUCAGCAAAGAAACAGCCCUGGUGUACCUGCAGGAGCAAAGAAGAAGAAAAAAAUAAAAAAUGGCAGUAACCCUGAGACCACCACUACUGAUGAUUGUAACUCACCCGAGGAUAUUCAGGACAUUCUGAAGGUGCUGGUGUCCGACCUUAACCAUUCCAAUGGGGUAGUGCUCCCCCCAUUGGACAAGUGGAAGGCUCCCCAAGACUGUGCUGCUCCUGUACCACCAUCUGCUGCUGACCCUGUGUUACCUGCCAGUGUCCCUUCCCCUGACGCUGGUAUCGCUAGCAUGGCAUCGCUUCAGAACUAUGAUGCUGACGAUGGCCCUGAUCUCAUGGAUGAGACCAAGACUUUUUCAUCAACUGAGAGCCUACGGCAACUUUCUCAACAGCUCAAUGGUCUUGUGUCAGAGUCUACACCUUACGUCAACGGGGAGGGCCUCACAUCUUCUACCAACAUGAAGGAUCUAGAGAGCCGGUACCAAGAGCUAGCAGUAGCCCUGGACUCCAGCUAUCUAACAAACAAACAACUCAGUAGCAAGAUAGAGGAAUUGAAACAACAGAACCAAGACACUUUGGACCAACUGGAAAAAGAAAAGAAGGACUACCAGCAGAAGCUAGCCAAAGAGCAGGGAGCGCUGAGGGAACAGUUGCAGGUUCACAUCCAGACCAUUGGGAUCCUGGUGUCUGAGAAGUCAGAAUUACAGACUGCCCUGGCCCACACGCAGCAGGCAGCUAGGCAGAAAGCAGGAGAGUCAGAGGAUCUUGCCAGCCGCCUGCAGUCUUCCCGGCAGCGUGUGGGAGAGCUGGAGCGCACUCUGUCUGCUGUCUCCACACAGCAGAAGCAGGCAGAUAAGUACAAUAAGGAGCUAACCAAAGAGCGAGAUGCCCUGAAACUGGAGCUGUAUAAAAACAAUAAAAAUAAUGAAGAUCUGACGGAGCUGAACUCAGAACUGGAAGAGAGGCUUCAAGUCCUACUGACAGAGAAAGAAGCCAUGCAGUUGGGAAUGGAGGAGCUGCAGAAGAAGUUGGAAAUGUCUGAGGUCCUCCUGCUGCAAUUUUCUAGUCAGUCGGAGUCCCCCGACAGUAACCAGCAGUUACAGCAGGCCAUGGAGGAGCGGGCGCAGCUGGAGAGAAAAGUGGAGCAGCUGACAGAGUUGCUGAAACAGCUGCAAGUGGAGAGAGACCAGUAUGCAGAGAAUCUGAAAGAAGAGAGUGCUGUGUGGAAGCAAAAGAUCCAGCAAGUGUUGGAGCAGAUGCGCAUGUUGAAAGAGGAGAAAGAGCGCAGUGCAAAUCAAGUACUGGAGCUGGAGACCAACUUGGCAGAACUGAAAAGCCAGCUGGCGGAGUCAUCAUUGCCACCAGCCCCAGUGGGGCCAUCGGAAGCAGAGCAGCAGCUGCAGGCAGAGGCCCAGCAGCUGCAGAAGGAGCUGGAGAACCUGGCAGGACAACUACAUGCACAGGUGCAGGACAAUGAGAACCUGAGCCGCCUGAACCAGGAGCAGGAGGAGCGGCUACUGGCUCUGGAGCGGGAGGCUGAGGUCUGGAACGAGCAGGCAGAGGAUCGCAAGCAGAUCCUAGAAACCAUGGAGAGCAACCGCACCACCAUCAGCCGCGCACUCCUGCAGAACCGGGAGCUCAAGGAGCAGCUGGCCGAGCUGCAGGAUGGUUUUGUCAGGCUGAGCAAUGAGAACAUGGAACUCACCAGUGCACUGCAGUCGGAGCAGCAUGUCAAGAAGGAGCUGGCCAAGAAGCUGGGCCAGCUGCAGGAGAAGCUGGGAGAGCUGAAGGAGACGGUGGAGCUGAAGAGCCAAGAGGCCCAGGGUCUACAGGAACAGCGAGACCAGUGCCUGUCCCACCUGCAGCAGUACGCAGCAGCCUAUCAACAGCACAUGGUGGCCUAUCAGCAGCUGGCCUCAGAGAAGGAAGCCUUGCAUCAGCAGUUUUUGGUGCAGACCCAGCUCCUGGACCAGCUGCAGCAUGAGGAGGUGCAGGGCAAGGUGGUGACGGACAUGGUCCGCAAGGAGUUGCAGGAAACCCAGAAGCGCCUGGAAACCACCAGCCAGCAGAACCAGCAGCUGCAGGCCCAGCUGGGCCUCCUGGCUGUCCCUGCAGAAGUAGAUGAAGCAGACAAAGAGGAAAGGGAGGAGGAUGCUCAGCCCCGUUUGACCAUCCCAGAGGAUCUAGACAGCCGAGAAGCCAUGGUAGCAUUUUGCAAUGAGGCUCUCGCCAGCGCUGAGGAGGAGAAGGCACAGCUGCGCAGGCAGCUGAGAGAGCAGAAGGAGCACUGCCAGCGCUUGGCUCAGCUGGCAGCCCCGUCACAGAGUGAGGCCAAGCAGGAUGCCAUGGGCCUUGGGAGUGGAGGAGACUCUGUGUCCGGGGAGAGCCAGCAGGCCAUACAGAUGUCCAUGGAGAAACUGCAGAGCCGCUUCCUAGAGGUCAUGCAGGAGAAGAUGGAGCUCAAAGAGCGUGUUGAGGAACUGGAACAUCGCUGCAUCCAGCUGUCUGGAGAGACGGACACCAUUGGAGAGUACAUUGCCCUCUAUCAAAACCAAAGGGCCUUUCUGAAGGAGCGACACCGAGAGAAGGAGGAGUAUAUCAGCCGGCUGGCACAGGACAAGGAAGACAUGAAGGUGAAGCUACUAGAGCUACAGGAGUUGGUGUUGCGGCUUGUGGGCGAGCGCAACCAGUGGCAGGGCAGGUUCCUGGCAGCCUCCCAGAGCCCUGCUGCUGAGCCCACCCCAGACCCCUCAAGCUCUCAGGAACUUGAAGCUGCCUACGAGCAAGGUGACCUUCGGGAAGUGAGCCUCUCUGAUCAUGUGGAUCCUGUGCCAGGAGAGGCUGCGGUGGCUUCGCCCCCUGAGAACCCGACUGAGCAACAGAUCUUGCAGCUGCUGCGUGAGAUCCAGAACCCCCAGGAGUACGCAGGCUUGGGCAGCAACCCCUGCAUCCCCUUCUUCUACCGGGCUGAUGAGAAUGAUGAGGUGAAGAUCAUGGUUAUCUAAAAGACUGAUAGCCAAAGUCUGGAGAAUAGGGGCCAGGGUUCAGCCCCACUCCAGACCCUGCCUCCUGCCCUUACCAUUCCUUCCCAGUCACCCUUUUAUCCUUAGAGUUGGAAGAUCAGACCCCCUAUAUUAACAGGGGGACAUGAACAGGUGCAGACCCUUUGCCAUCUUGGCAGGGGCUGGGUCUUAAUCUCUGGACUCUGGCUCCAGAGUUUCAUAGUUACUGAGCAGACUGCCUCUCUGGAGGGGCAGGGUCUCCAUUCUUCCCUGCAGAGGCACUAGGCCAGGAUAGCAUUUCCAUGGCCCUCCGGACAGAUGAGGCUCACUGUGGGGAGGUGAGGACAGGCUGGCAGGGGCCAUCCUGUAUUCAGCAGGGUCCUGUGGCUUUGUGUGUGUGGUGGUGCUGGGAUGAAACUCAGGGCCGGGCGCUUCCCAAAUCAGCUCCCAUCUUCAUGGCACUUUGGGGCAGGAUUAGCUGAGCAGCAGCAUCACAGGUCCCCAGGCAGGUGGAGUCAACUGUAGGCCAUGUGAGGGCUGAGUCAGCACAGGCGGUCCACUUGGGGCUCCCUUUUACGUGCACUUUGGGGCAAGGCAACUGGGCAGCGUUCUCUCAAGCCUUAGGGCACUCCGAGGGUUGAUGGAGGCCGGGCAGAGGCUGCUGGGAGGUGGGCUCCCCCUCCCCUAGUGUACAUACUGUACCUGUGUAACAUUUUGUAUAUUCUGGGGUAGGGAUGCCCCCUGUAUCAUAGUGGAGGUUGGGGUUGGCAAGUGGUGGGAAAAAAAAAUCUAAUAAUUAUUUGGGCUGGGAAACUUAUUUAUUGGUAGCAUAGGACAGAGGAAGGAGGCGGGGAUGGGGUUGUGGCACCCUGGUGAUGCGGCUCCUGUUUUGCUUUUUAUUUCGGAAUAAAUGAAUUUAGCCAUA